CAACCAGGAAGCUCUGACAACCAUCUCAGACAUCGAGGAGAAAAAAAUAAGGGCAAAAAAGGCAGCAGCACCGUCUCCAGCCUCUUCAGUAGCGCUCUGACCCUUAACCUUAUGGACUAGGCUCAUCCUCAGGUGAACUCCUCACUGCAGAAGACCCCCUUUUGUUUCACACCUUUUCUCAUUUUGUCGUCAAGAUGCAGGCGCAGUUGGCUUGUGUGCUCCUCCUCUGUUUCCCAUGCGGUGCGCUCUGCUCAGAUGUAGAGCAGAAGCAGCGAGCGCUCGCUGAGGAGCUCCUCACCAGCCUCUUCACCUCUAAGAUAAAACACAACAGGCAGAGCGCCCCCUACUGGCACGUAUCGUUGACCAACCUGUGCCGGCUGGUGGGCGGCCUGCGACAGGAGGCGUGGAGCGGCGAGCAGGAGGACGCGGAGGAGGCAGAGGUUCCUGAGCUGAGGGAAGGGAGCCUCCCGCUGCUGGAGGAGCUGUACAGCCUCCAACACAUCUGCAGAGCGCUGCAGAGCCGGGAGGAGAGGCUACUCCGAGACUCCAUGGAAUAUUCAGAGGAGAACGGCGACGCGCCGCUCAAACGAAAAUCCCCCUACAUCCUGAAGAGGCAAGUUGCCCACAACGCCAAGUCGCGGAGGCCUUACAUCUUAAAGCGGAGCUCGGUUUACUGACGGCCGUCGCUCGUUCCUUCUGGCUGCAGAGCUUGUUCGUUUUUUUGGUUUUUUUGUUUGCUCCAGUAAGAACCUGCGAUUGUAUGUUCAGCGCCGAGGCCUGCCGUCAUGCUGCUGCUGACAAUAAAACAACUGAAGCAUCGUUCACAUUGUGUUUUCUCUGAGGAGCCGAAUUCAUUCAUCUGCUCCUCCACUGCAACGUAAAAGAUUGUCCUAUGUUUUUUAAGCGAUUGAAGGAUUGCUAAUAAAAAGCUAGCCUGACCUGGACAUUUGUGCUCUUGUUCAAUGCGAUCCACAACAAACAUGAACACAGUGUCUUUAUUUGUCUCGGCCUUCUUUGUGUGAGGCUUGUUUUGUCCCUGCAGAGAAUAAAAACCCAACAGUCUUCUACGUUUGUCCGUUCUUGUGUGAAACGUCAUCUGCAUACAGGAGAUGACAGAACACAUCGUUGCUUUUAUAAUCUCUGCGUCUUUUGACGUUUGUCUGCCAGCUUUUCAGAUCUAUAGACUGAAAAGCUGUCUAUAGCUUCUUUCUUCUUCUUUUCUUCUUUUUCAAAAUAGCCAGAGUAUUACUGAAUUGAGAGUAUCCUUGAAAGGAAAUUUAUUUUGUCACAGAUUUUCAGUGGAAAUGUUUUCAGUAUUUUAAAACAUGAUUGUGCUUCAGUUAAACUCCUGGUGUUUUCACUCUAGGUCCAGACCAAAAGCGGACUUUCAUUUUUUUAUUUGGCGCGGUCUGAUUGCGCUGACGGUGUAGCACACGUCUGCUAAAGUCUUAGAAAACAUUUUGCACACUUAGCUAACCUCCCACAUGAAGUGAUAAUUUACUUUUCUGUUUGCUAUGAGCCUUCAGCUGAAU